AUGUGCGGAUCGGAGACAUGGGCAGCACCGUCUACGGUGAUGGAAAGGUUUGAUUGCACUGAAGGGAAGCUGCUUAGGCGGCUGCUUGGCCACUUUUGGCCUGCCAUGGUAUGCCACAACCAAGAUCCUUAUGCAGAAAAUGAUGUGGUAUACCGGCGGAUGACAGGUGAAAGACAUCAACAUCUUGCACCGCCAUCGAAAGUGGCUAAAGUAAAUCGUCUUCGCUUUGUUCAUAUAUUAAGGAAACCGGUAGAUCGCCUUGUUCAACGAGUUCGUCGAGGAGUUUGUCGAAAUCAAGCUGGAAGAGUCCACCUGGCCGGAAGCGGAAGUUCUGGACUGAGGUGGUGA